AUGGAGGAGUCUCCAUUUAUUCCUCGUGAAAUGCUUCUGAAGAUCCUCCCACCUCUCCCUGUGAAGUCCCUGAUGCGAUUCAAGUGCGUCUCCAAGUUUUGGCUUUCAGUAAUCACCGAUCCAUCCCUAGCCGAAAUGCAUCGCGGCGGUUCUCAAGGAGUUCUGCUCUGUGAGCCCUUUUUUCCGCGGCCUUACGAGAAGGCGGUUUUGUAUUUCCUCCCGCUCGACAAUGACGACGGCCACCGGUCAACUCAAAUCCGUCACUACUCCAACGUGGAUCACCGCUCCGUCGACCCGGUUGACCGGCCCAAGGAUGAGGGACGGCGGAUGACGAACGUUGUCAACGGGCUGGUUUGUUUUUACCGAGGUAAAAACUCGUGGCUGUAUAACAUUGCAACCCGGGAAAUCAUGAAACUCCCUGUUUCAACCUACGAAGCGUGGAAUGGAAGCGGUGAUGUGGGUAUUUACCAUCUCUGUUUCGACCCGGUUCUUAAAUCGUACAAGCUCCUCAACUUGUGUCUGAACAGGGACAGAAGGCUUUCGAUUGAUGCGAAGUGCGAGAUUCUGACAAUUGGAUCCAAUAUGAGCUGGAGAGAUGUCAAUUUGUGUGGUUUUAGGGGGAAAACAGGUCCACGCCGGUGGUCGGAAUCAAGUGGAGUUCUGUACUGGAGAAUAAAUGUGGAUCAUGGGGAUGGGGGUGAUAAAAGACGCCUCCUUGUUUUCGAUGUUGCUCAAGAGAAGUUCCAAUUGAUUCCCUUGCAAACACGACCCGAAAGCUGGAGGAGGAACUACUAUUAUCUGCCCUAUUUUGGGCCUACUAUGGCUUUGAUGUCUAAAUUCCAUGAUGAACAUGGAUUGAGGCAUGGUUCUUUUGUGCUGUGUAACAUUCGGAGGAAUCCAGGAGCCGAGGAAUUGGAAUUUGUGUGGGGUGAUGAAGAAGAAUUUGUUCUUCCGUCGCAGGUGUUGUUUCUUCAGCCUGAUGGAAUACUUCCCAAUGGAAAAGUGCUGAUAUCUAACUUCAAAGACUUUCCAGCUUCAUUUUACUUGUAUGAUCCAAUGAAGAAGGAGACGAAGGAGAUUGAGAUGGAAAUUGAUCCAUCCUCGUCCUCCACGAUAUUUGGGCUUGGGAGAAAUUGUGGCCUUGACUGGCAGCAUUGCCAUCAGCGGGACAGAUGCACAACCUUGAGAAGUCAAAUUAACCAUGCCAGAGACCAACCCAAUGAAGUCAAAUCGGAGAGCAACGAAAUGGACAGCCCCACUAGUACUCAGAUUCGUCACUACUCCACCGUGGAUCACCGCCACAACCACCCUGGCGGCCCUGUUUCAGUGAGAAGCUACAAGGGAGAAAGAAGGUGGGCCACCAAUGUAGUGAAAGGCCUGGUUUGUUUUUACAGCGGAAAACUCUCGUGGCUCUACAACAUUGCCACCAGGGAAAGCCUGAGGCUCCCUGAUUCUUCGUACGAAGAUGAUCGGGGUCAUGGAAAUUACCAUCUCGGUUUUGAUCCCGUCCUGAAUCAGUACAAGUUGUUAAACUUUUGUGAAGACAGGGAAUACGGGUUGUAUGAUGAAGAAGACGAUGAUGACAGCAUCCUGGUCUUUGAUAUUGCUGAGGAGAAGUUUCAUAUCAUUCCGUUUCCAAAACCUGAGACAGGAACUCAGAGGUAUCGCAAAACUUAUCGGCCAAUUUUCGGGCCCAUGGCGGUCGUGUCUAGUUUGAAAAAGGGUUCUUCUUUCCUGUUUAGAAACUGGAGAAAUCCUGGGGAGGAGGGUGGUGAAACUGUGUGGGGUGAGGAAAAAGAAUUCGCCCUUCCAUCUCGGAGAUCGCCUUUCCUGGCUCACGGAAUACUUCCCAAUGGAAAUGUGCUGAUAUCUCACUCAUGUGGCUUUCCUGCUUCGAUUUACUUGAAUGAUCCCAAGGAAAAAGGGACCAAAGAGAUUGUGAUGCACAUUGAUUCAUCCUCAUCCUCCACAAUAUUUGGGAGCAAAUAUGGCGUUCACUGGGAUUCUCGUCAUCGAUUUUACUAUGAGGAGAACAUCAUCUCUCUAAGAUGCUUGACUUCUUGA